UUAGCUUAGAUGGCAGUCAAAAAAGUGUUCCCCAUUUUUCUUACAGAGUUGACGUCCCCUGGAGCUACUUGAAGCUACUUGUUCAAUAUGAUCAUGUAUAAAGCUGCUAUUUUUCUCUUUUUCAUUAUUGUCAGUGUUUCAGACAAAUAUGUGACUGCAGAAAAUGAUGAAGAAGUAUCUACGGAUUUAUACGUUAUCGAAGGAAAAGUUUUUCCAUGGGAAAACAAAGCCUCGAAUGGUUGGCAGUUAAUGACACACGUCAUGGCUAAUGGUGGAGAACAUUAUGGUUUUUUGAGGGAAGAUGGAACAUUUAUCAUUUCAAAUGUACCCUCUGGAUCUUAUGUUAUUGAGGUUGUAAAUCCUAACUGUGUUUAUGAACCAGUAAGAGUAGAAAUUAACUCGAAAGGAAGAUUUAGAGCAAGAAAAGUUAAUUUAAUUCAAACUUCACAAGUGAUACAAAUUCCUUAUCCAUUAAAAAUGAGGCCAUUUACACCAUUCCGUUACUUCCAAGUUAGGGAACAAUGGAAAGUAACGGACUUCUUGUUCAACUCAAUGGUAUUGAUGAUGAUUUUGCCAUUGUUAUUACUUAUGAUUGGACCAAAAAUUAUGAAUGAUCCAGAUGCUAGAAAGGAAAUGGAACAUUUGAAUAAUCUGACUAAAUACAGACUGCCAGAAAUGUCUGAACUUAUAACAACUUUCUUGGCUGGAGAAGAAAAGCAAAAACCAAAAGCAGUAAAAGCUGCAAAGAAGAGGCAGUAACAUUUGUAUGCUUCGUGGGAUCAUGUUUGCACUUUUACUCUAGUCCUUUAGUUAAAUGUACUAGCAAAUACAUUAGAUUGUUUUUCAGUCUUCUACUUUGUAUGCUACUUAAUUCUUUCUAAAUUAUAAACAUAAGAGUGAACCAUUCGAAAUCCAUUACGUUAGUAUAUUAUUGAUUAUCUACUGUAUAAAUGUAAUUAUCACAAUUUCUCAAUUUGGUAUUAUUAAGUAAUACAUUUUUUUAGAUCCAGGAAAUAAAAAAGGAUUUGGAUAAUGUUAA